GAGCAGGAGCCUCAAAGUGCUGUUGGCCAACUCACAGAACGCCUUGGAGGCACAGGACGUGGUCUCGAGUACAGGAGCACAGUCUCCUCGCAUCUGGAGGUGUGGAACACGUAGCAAUGACACGUGACGUUGAACAAAGUAUCUGCCAGGCGCGGGCUGCCGUCAUGGUGUACGAUGACGCCAACAAGAAAUGGGUCCCUGCUGGCGGCUCUACUGGUUUCAGCAGAGUGCACAUCUACCACCACACCGGCACGAACGCCUUCCGGGUAGUAGGCCGCAAAAUCCAGGACCACCAGGUGGUGAUAAACUGUGCCAUCCCCAAGGGGCUGAAGUACAACCAGGCCACGCAGACCUUCCACCAGUGGCGUGACGCUCGCCAGGUCUACGGCCUCAACUUCGGCAGCAAGGAGGACGCCAACGUUUUCGCCAGUGCCAUGAUGCAUGCUCUGGAGGUGCUCAACUCUCAGGAUGCAGGCCCUACGUUGCCAAGACAACAGAGCCCUCAGGUGCAGAAUGGCCCAUCACCAGAGGAGAUGGAAAUGCAGAGAAGGCAGCUACAGGAGCUGCAACGUCAGAAAGAGAACGAGCGUCUGGAGCAAGAGCGUCUGGAGAGGGAACGUCUGGAGCGCGAGCGUCUGGAGCGGGAACGUCAGGAGCGCGAGCGUCUGGAGCGGGAACGUCAGGAGCGCGAGCGUCUGGAGCGGGAACGUCAGGAGCGCGAGCGUCUGGAGCGGGAACGCCAGGAGCGUGAAAUGCUGGAGCGGGAGCACUUGGAGCGUGAGCGCCUGGAAAGAGAGCGUGCUGAGCAGGAGCGCCUGGAGCGGGAGCAGCAGGAACGUCUGGAGCGGGAACAGAUGGAAUGGGAGAGAGGGCGACGCGUCUCCAACGCCGCAUUUGAGAGCACCCUCUACUCCCCUCCACCUCCAGACUAUGCCAAGACCACCACCUCCACUCCAGCCUCACCAGUUUCCUCCGGCACACCCGACUACCCUCCCCCUUCUGGGUCGCCUUCCAUAGCCACGCCUCCCACUCCUCCGCUGCGCCACUCCGCCUCCCGAUUCGCCACAUCCUUAGGCUCUGCCUUUCAUCCGGUGCUGCCCCAUUACGCCACCAUCCCUCGUCGCCAGCCGGCUCUGCCCACGGCCCCGCCUCCUCCUCCAGCCCCUCCUACCAAACCAGUGAUUAGCUCAGCCACAAACUUCGCUCCACUCCCACCCUCUCCCCCCGUCAUGAUCAGCAGUCCCCCUGGUAAGGCCACUGGCCCUCGGCCCUUGGUUGCUCUCCCAGCCCCCAGCCCUCUCUGCCAGAAACCGCCCUCGCCCACGGCGCCCAACGGGCCGCCUGCGCACGCCCCCUACCACGCCUCCUCCCUGGCGUCGGGCCGGCCACUCCCUUCACCCCCGACUCCGCCCCCUGCCCCGCCCCUGCCCCACAGUGGCCCCAUCGCUCCCCGUGUGUCCUGUCCUUCACCCCUGCCUCCUGUUCUCCCUUCUCCUUUCACAGCCUCCCAUGCCUCUGCUGAGCACUCUGUAAUCUCGCUGCUGGGAGACUCCUCUACUUCAGAGCCGGCCUCUCAGCCCUCCACCCCCAGCCAGCCGGAUCCAGCGCAGGGACUACCACCUACCCCGCCACCACUCCCGCCCGGCUCCACUGUGACCCCCACCACUGCCGGACCCCCCCCUGCGCCCGGGCCACCUCUCCCGCCGCCACCUCCUCUACCUCCCACGCUCACCCCCACAGGCCCGCCUCCUCCUCCUGGGCCGCCACCCUCGAGCCAGGCCCCUGCCCUGCCCCCUGCCCCGCCCCCAGCUCCGCCCCUGCCCCCUGGUCCCUUCAGCCCCUCACCUACCGCCGAAGAAAAGCCGUUUUCCGGCCUGGCCGCUGCGCUUGCCGGAGCCAAGCUGAGGAAGGUGCCACGGAACGAAGAGCCGUCCUGCACCGCCGUGGGUGGUGCGGGUGGGGCCAAGUCGGAAGCGGCCCGAGGGAACGGCCCUCUUCCUGGAGGUGGAGGCCUGAUGGAGGAGAUGAGCGCCCUGCUGGCCAGGAGAAGAAGAAUCGCAGAAAAGGGCUCAUCACCAGAGCCUGAGCAGAAAACGGAUGAAAUCGAGGUAACCAUGGCUCCAAAGGUCUCGGCCUGUAGCACCCCAGACAUGCCCAGGAAGCCUUGGGAGAGGACAAACCCCAUGAAUGGCAGCAAAUCUCCAGUUAUUGGAAGACGGGACGCGCCGUGGCGAAAUCAGAUGAGUGCUGAGAAGUGCUCUGAUUCCUUAAACAGGCCGAGGUCCACGCCCACUCCUACCGGCCCUACAAGUGCCAACGGCGUGCCAGCAGAUACCAUCGACUAUGACAGAUUGAAACAGGAUAUUCUGGAUGAAAUGAGGAAGGAACUGUCAAAGCUGAAAGAAGAACUAAUUGAUGUGAUCAGGGAGGAGCUGGGCAAGUCCAACUCUGCGUAGGGGGGAUGCCACGUGUUGUCCAACCAUGGCCCCUUCAUUUGAGGCCAACUCCAGUUUCGACACCUUUCUCAAAAGCAACGAAAAUUGAAAUUUCACAAAAAAAUUUUUAAGCAGUGGUGAUAACAAUAACCAUAUUAUUUCUGAAGAAGAGUUAGGGGGGGACGCCAUUCAGGGCACACGGAAACCUAGCAGGAGUGCGGGAGGGCCCAGGAGGAUGUGGACAAAGGCUGUGGGUGACCCCCACUCCCCUGUUGCUCCACCCAGGGGGCGGAGCCAGUCUUAAGAAGUGACUGUCAAUAUGCAAAAGGUGGCUCUUUAUCGUAGAAUGAUGGGGAAAUAAUCGCAGAAGAAAAACCAUUACUAAACUACAUACUGUAUUAACCAACGAAGAGUGACACUGUAUAUCCAGCAGAUGACAUUCAUUCUUUGGCACAGCGCUUGGUGAAGGGCAGGCUUAUUUAGUUGGAGGGCGUUGACGAGAGUUGGCAGGAGGACGUAGGGCCUGUCUUGCCUUGCCUCGGUGAGGGAGACUUUAGAGUCAGGACAAACGACCCACUGAAAGACUGAGUAGAGUUUAUCGCUGCAGGACUUUGUAAAGCUUGUCUUCCUGAUACUAUUUUAACCUGAAUAUGUACAUUAAAGACAAAAAAAAGAUACCUGCAAGUUAUUUAUGUCUCUUCUAAUGUACACCAUGGCCAAUCAAGUAGCUUAGUCACGUAAUCUUGGGAUGACGAGUCUCGGUCAGUUUUGGUAAUUAUCUGGAUACCUUUUCAGAAAGAAAUGCUCAAAAGUGUGUCUUAUGAGCCACUGUACUACAUAUAUUUUUCUUUGUCUUGUAUGUUGCAAAUUAUUGGGGAAGAUCAGGUGGGGAAAAUGCCUUUCUACUGUAAUCCGUUGUAGCUCUUUACCAAAAUCUUCUCAGUCAAAGUGAUGGUUUAACAUCAAUAUCAACCAGACCGCAUCUGUAGAUAGUGCUAACGAGAAGUAAUCAUCCCCCAACACACACACACACACACACACACACACCUGUUUUCCCUUCAUUGCAGGCUCUUCUCUUGAUUUUAGUGCAUGUGAUGUUGUGAAUGGUAUGGGAAACAUUGCUGCCACGAAAAAUAAAUUGACAAUUAUUGUUUUCAGUUUACAAGCAAUAAGUGUAGCACUGACACUCUGUUUGCCCAUGUGUGUUUGCUGUAAGCAUCCUCGCUGACCCCAGUCUGUGGAUGAAUGAUUCUCACACUGCAUACUAGUUUUUAUUUUUAAAUCAACUGUAAAGCAGUUUGGUACUUGAAAACAGCAUUAUAGCCAUACCGAAUUCCCAGAAUUCAUGAAUUCAUCACCCCUGAUACACAACAGUUCCUUUUACUGUGAUUCAUUUCAGAAACUGAGGGUGCAAAGGAUCUUGGACUGUAAAUUCUAGCUUUCUGUAUUGAAAUUUCACCACCUUGUAGACGUUAGGAAUAUGUUUUGAAGGAUUAUCUAAGAUAAGGGUUUCCAGAUAGAUAGCUUUGUGCCAUGUAGAAUGUGGUGUUCUUUCUCUCUCCUUCAAUACCCCCACAAUUUGCCUCUGUUCUUUUUCAAAUGGCUCUGUUCACAAUGAAAGGCCGCCAUUGUUGAUUCUCCAUGAGACUGUAAUCACAGAAGUUGAUUUUUAGAAGUUUUAUGUUGGGGGGGGGG